AUGGAGAACGAAACCUUCAAUAUGGAUGUCAUAUCCAUCGAGGGGUUAAAGGUCAGCCCCCAGUCCUCUGUUCCUGCCUUCAUCCUCCUCCUCCUCAUCUACAUCUUCAUCAUGGUGUCCAACAUCAGCCUGGUGGUCCUGAUCACCAUGGAGCGGAGCCUCCACCAGCCCAUGUACCUGCUGUUCUGCAACAUGAGCAUUAACGAUGUCUUCGGGGCGACGGCCGUCAUCCCUCGCUUGUUAAGUGACGUUUUUACUCCAGUCACAGAGCGCUACGUUCAUUACAUCGACUGUGUCGUCCAGGCCUUCUGCGCUCACUUUCACGCAGGCACCUCUCACACAGUGCUCAUGAUCAUGGCCUUUGAUCGCUACGUGGCCAUCUGCAACCCCCUGCGAUACGCCACCAUCAUGACCAACAGGAUGGUGGUGAAGCUGUCAGCGGGGGCGUGGGUGGCAGCCUUCAUCUUUGUUGCCAUCCUCCUGGGUCUCACUAUCCGCCUGACGCGCUGCAGGCGGCUAAUAAUUAACCCAUUCUGCGACAACGCCUCCUUGUUUAAGCUCUCCUGCCAAAAUCUUCUCAUCAAUCACAUCUACGGCCUCGGCAGCGCCGUGGUCGUCUUGAGCUCCUCCCUCGGCAGCGUCACGCUCACCUACCUGAGGAUCACCAUUGUGUGUCUGAGCAACAAGAACAAGGUGCUGAACAGUCGGGCGCUGCAGACCUGCGCCACCCACCUGGCCGUCUACCUCAUCAUGUUGGUGGCGAGCUUCACGCCCAUGAUCAUGCACCGUCGGCCUGAGUGGGCGGACAAUGGGAAGGUGGCGUCGGUCAUGUUCCACGUCCUCCCCCCGGCCCUGAACCCCAUCAUCUACGGGCUGCAGUGUAAAGAGCUCCGGCAGAAGAUUGUCAGCGUGUUUCAAAAGAACAAAGUCAUGGACAUGAAAAGUUUCCAUAAAUAA